CUGCUACUCAGGACUUUUAUGGAGACAGCAUCAGUUUUAUGCCUCUGAAGAAGAAGCAGGAUGGGACGAUUCAGGUAACUUUCUACAACAGAGAAAAUGGCAGGACUAACUGUCCAAACCAGGUCAACUACACAUGUGACAGCGGUGCUUGUACCAGCAUUAAAGAAGGACUGAACCUCCAAACUGACCACGACAACACAGGGCAAAACAGGUGGUGUCAGUCAGAGGGAAAGACAACAGUGACUGUCUCAACUAACAAAACCUCCUUUUCUCUGAGUGACUCUGGCUGCUGCUGGUUGUCUGGAACAAAAACAUGGACGACACAUGCAGAGUUGGAUGUGGGAACACGUUCUGACACACAUGGCCUCAACAGCUGCCCUGUUACCACGACGGUGGCUGCAUUAAGGGUGCCUCAGAACUGUUUUUCAAGACUUCAUUUGCUGGCUCAUGAUCCAGACGGAGAUGAUGUGAAAUGUCGCUUUGCUGGUAACAGUCCUGCAAACUUCACUCUAGAUGAGACUAAAUGCAUGCUGACCAAAGACGGUGAUGUAAGCGUUGGUGUCCAUGUGUUUGAGCUGAUGUUGGAGGACUUUCCCACCAAAAACAUCACUCUGUCAUACCAAGAUGGGAGCUCAGUGUUCCACGAUGCGUCCGAUGUGAAUUCAAAUCCUCUGUGCAGUGUGAAGCUGCAGUUCUCACUGGAGGUUCUUCCUCCUCUGGCAAACUGUAAAGCCGGCCAUAUCCAGCCCAUGUUCCUGUCGAAGACUCCUUCACAUGGUGACGUUCUUCAUGCCUCUGUGGGUCACAUGUUCCACCUUCAUGCUGAAGCACAAGCUCAUCAUUCCAGCAUACACACCUUCCAGGUCAGUGGUCCUCAGAAUAUGACCAAGCAGUUCACAGACAAAGCGCAUGGAAAAGCAGGGCUGACACUGAGCUGGAUGCCACACGAGACCGACGUCUACAGAUUUGUCCCUGUUUGUUUCACAGCAGAGACAAAUGAAACCCAAUCAGAGAUGAGGUGCGUCAUUGUCAUGGUGACCAGAUCAACCAUUGUUCAAGGCAAAGCCUCGGUUCAUGUGACCCAACAAGAUGACAGUAGCCCUGGAUAA